AUGGCAGAGGCUACUUCAGGAGACCUUAGCGGCUCUGAAGCAAGCAACAACAAUGUAUCCGGUCAAGAGGAUAUGUCUGAGGAAUUGGUUUUAUUUAGAAUGAGCGGUAAGCACCAUAUCGGGGACAUGACUCGCUUCAUAAUUGAGUAUUUACCCGAUCCCCGACUGCCGCCAAGAAAAUCGCUUUUACUGCGCGUCACAAAUACCGAGCUGGGUGCUCUAAGGGCAGCUUAUCUCAACGGGCCUUUCACAUUAUAUGUGGAUUGUCGUCCUGGAUCGUACAGAGAGGAUAGACGCGUGACGGACGAUGCCGAGAAACCUACUUACGACAAUAACGUGAGAGCUGGCCAGUCAUUCAAUUGCGAUCUUAACAUAAAGGAUCAUGUAAAGCAUACCUGGACUGUGGAUGUAUGCAGUGAUAUCAUGUUCUCAUCAAAAGCAGAGAUCUCUUUCCAAAUCGUCAUAGCGACCUCCAAGAAAACGGCAAAAAGCCAAGGCUCGCCAAGUGCGGAUCCAUUGGCUGAGGAGUUCAAAGUACACAUGCUUGACACGAUAACACUGUGGUCGCAGCCUUAUCCAAAGCCUGAUGUCCCUUUGCAUUUGGUGGUGCUGACCCAUGGGCUUGUCUCCAAUGUGACGGCAGAUAUGUUUUAUCUUAAGGAAAAUAUCGAUAUUAUGGCAAAGAAAACAGGUCAGAAUAUCAUCUGCAAAGGAUAUACGGGCAAUGCAGGCAAAACUGAAAAAGGAAUCAAGAAACAAGGCCGGAAAGUUGCUGAUUGGCUCAUGAGCGAACUAAUUCCAACUUAUCAUCCCGCUAAAAUCUCAUUCGUGGCUCAUUCUUUGGGUGGACUCGUACAAACAUACGCGCUGGGGUAUAUUGAGAAAAAAAUACCGAGAUUUUUCGAACAGAUGAACAUCGAGCUGGUGAACUUUGUUGCCAUUGCCUCUCCUUUCUUGGGCAUUACAUCUGAGAACCCUGGCUACGUACGAAUGGCCCUAGAGUUCGGUAUUGUUGGUAAAUCCGGGCGUGAUCUGGGGAUGAGUAGGUCAAUCACGGGGCGGAAACCAAUUUUAAAGCGGCUGCCGUACGGGCCCUCUCAUGAUGUCAUUGCUCGUUUCAAGCACCGGACCUUGUAUGCUAACGCUGUUAACGAUGGUAUUGUUCCGUUACGUACCGCAUCAUUAUUAUAUCUUGAUUGGAGAGCUAUUGCAAAGGCAAGUGCUGCCAAAUCUGGAAGCAAUGCUCAUGACUUCAACACCAAAAGAGACGAUAACAAGCGCGAAGAUCAGGUAAUGCGAGAGAAUGAUUCGAGUGGGGAUCUAGAUGAAAACGGAGAACCCAGGAAAAGUGGUGAGGAAGCUGAAAAAACUGGAGUUUCGUAUAAGUUGGCGACAUGGAACCCAUUUGUGAACCCAUUCAAAGCAGGUACCGCAAAAGCGAUUGUGCAUUCGCAAACUCGUGAUGAAAACGGAGAACCUCUGAAUCCAGAAAAAAUACACAAACACAAAAUCAGACUCCCCAAAAAGACUUCUCUGUUAGAGUCAGGGUUCUCGGCAUUUAUGCCUCCUCAUCCCGACAAAGAAUUCUUAAGUGACCCUUCUAAGCGAAGCGAUGUAAUUUUCCACGACAGAGUUUAUCAUGAAGAAGAUUUACCACCGCGGCGUUUCCGCAGCAAGAUUCUCGAGCGUGACGAGAUGGUAGAGCAGGCACAUACCGAAGAAAAGCUGGCUCGUGCAUGGCAUAAAGGCACGUCGUGGAGAAAAAUCUUGGUUCAGCUGCUACCAGAUGCCCAUAAUAAUAUUAUUGUUCGACGCCGAUUCAGCAAUGCUUAUGGCUGGCCGGUUAUUCACCACGUUGUAAAACAUCAUUUUGGAAUUGAAGAUGAGGACUCUGAUGCCAAUGAAAAUGAAGGCCUGGUAGCAGAGGUCUCGGACGACGAGGACGUUGAUCCCAGUAUACCAAGAGGACCAGAGCAUCCUAUAGUGCUGAUGCCCGAAGACGACGCAUUGAGGCAGUACGCCGAUGCCUCAGCAGAGCUUAGCGAUGACGAAGAGACAAAUUCCGGGCCAGAUGAGGCCUUGUCACUGUACAACAGCUCUUUAGGGUCUCCUGACUCACUCACAACUAAUGAUGAUCUGGGCCAAGCAAUGCUUGCCUAA